AGACAGUGCCUUGCAAGGACGGGGGACGCUGAAAACGAACGAGGACAAACGACAACUGCCAAAGGAGGAAUCCACUCGGUCCGAGACAUCACCUUUCCCCAGCCCCCUCUGUACGUUCCCGAGACGGUGUAGACCCGUGCGUGCAUCAACUUGGACCCCCGGAGACCCUAUAAAACACCACCAUAAUGCCUUUACUUCUACUUUAUGAGACUUCCUCAGGCUAUGCUCUGUUUGAGAGAAUAGAGUCUGAGGAAAUCGGCCAAGAGAUGGAGGAAGUCCAACAAAGUGUCUUGGAUCUCGCCCGCUUUAGCAAGAUUGUAAAGUUGAAGUCUUUCCAGCCUUUCAAAAGCGCUGCCCAUGCUUUGGAGAAUAUUAUGGAUGUCUCUGAAGGAAUCUGCAACCCAUCCUUGAAAGCCUUCCUCGAGCUCAACCUUCCCAAAUCUGGCAAAAAGCAAAAGGUCCAACUCGGUGUCUCGGAGAGCAACUUGGGAGGAAGCAUAAAGGCCGAACUUGGGUGCGACUGCAUUCACAAUGAGACUGUUCGUGAGCUCCUCCGUGGCAUCCGUCUGCACGCCGAACGGUUAAUGGGCCAACUGCGCGAAGGUGACUUGGACAAGGCCCAGCUUGGUCUCGGUCAUGCCUACUCCCGUGCCAAAGUGAAGUUCAACGUCAACCGUGCCGACAACAUGAUCAUUCAAUCUAUCAACUUGUUGGACCAAUUGGACAAGGAUGUAAACACAUUUUCCAUGAGAGUGAGGGAAUGGUACGGAUGGCACUUCCCCGAAUUGGUCAAGAUUGUGAAUGACAAUGCAAUGUACGCCAAACUCGUCAAGUUUAUCAAAAACAAGGGAGACUUGGGUGAAGACAAAUCGGAAGAUUUGGAAGAGAUCCUCGGAGACCCCAUCAAGACAAAGAUGGUUUUGGAUGCAGCAAGGGCAUCGAUGGGAACAGACAUUUCUGAAGUUGACAUGGCCAACAUUGAAAGCUUUGCUGACCGAGUUAUCGCUCUGACCGACUAUCGCAAAAGACUUCACGAAUACCUUGUUUCCAAAAUGCACCUAGUAGCACCUAAUCUCUCUGCACUCAUUGGCGAAAUGGUUGGCGCCCGUCUCAUCGCUCACGCUGGAAGUCUGACAAACCUAUCAAAGUUACCCGCCUCAACCGUUCAAAUUCUUGGCGCCGAAAAGGCUCUCUUCAGAGCCCUAAAGACCAAGGGCAACACACCCAAAUAUGGUCUGAUCUUCCACUCGUCCUUCAUCGGUCGCGCUGCACAAAAGAACAAGGGUCGGAUUUCCCGUGUGCUGGCCAACAAGUGCUCGAUCGCUUGUCGUAUCGAUUGUUUCUUGGACACACCAACGAGCAAAUUUGGCGAGUUGUUGCGCGAACAGGUCGAAGAGCGGCUCAGAUUCUACGAAGAGGGUGUGACACCCCGUAAGAAUGCAGAGGUGAUGCAAAAGGCAUUGGCGGAGGUUGGUAUGGCUGAUUUAAUGGACGUGGAUGCCGCUGAAGAAUCAGAAGAAGAAGCUGAAGCUGAACCCGAAACACCCAAGAAGCGCAAGUCAGACGAUUCCGAGGAAACACCAAAAAAGAAGGAGAAAAAGGAUAAGAAGGACAAAAAGAAGGACAAGAAGGCAAAGAAGGCAGAGGCGACAAGUGAUGCAGAGGCACAAACACCAUCGUCUGAGAAAAAGAAAAAGAAGAAGAGUAAGAAGGAGAAGAGCUGAAGCGCUCUUUUGGAUAUGGGGGGGAUAGGAAACUCUAGCACGUAGGAUUAGAUGUGAUGGUAUUGUAGAAGCGGCGGAUCCCUUCGUUCUUUUCACUUUUUGUGUUUUUGUUUGUCUCGUGUAUAUAUAUCACAAUUUUUAUUUUAGCCUCACAUUGAAAAAAAUAACAUGUCCCACUGCCCAGUUGUCAC